AUGUUCCGUGUCCGGAAACCAACUCCAAUCGAUCCAGAAGAAUAUAAACAACUGAAGUUUCUUUACAACGCUUAUAGCACCCACAUGAGAAGUUUAAGGCAUUUUUUCUUGAUGCAGCUGCAAGAGAAGAUAAAACAGACUGAAAUGAUAAAGAAAACAGAUUUUAGUGAAGAUAUUCAAGAAUUUGAACAGUUGCUAAAAGAAAAUGAGCUUUGGAAUGAAGAAGCUAAAAAGAUCAGAGAAGUGGACAUGGCUAAGGCACAAGCAGAAGCUGAAUUGGCUCAGCUGAGUAAAAAAGAAAGAUUCGAACGAAGGAAACUGAAUAAAAUCCUGGCUGCAGAAGAAAAAGUUAUGAAAGAAAGGAACACCAUCUUCAUUCUAGAAGAGAACUUGGAUCAAGAAAUUGAAAAAGUCAUUGACGCCCGAGUAGAUUAUAAUUUUGCCAUUGACAAACAAGGAAAUGUUAUCAAGAGUGAAAUGGAAUCACUUGGUGACAAGAAGGACCAAGAAAGUGAAAUCGAUAAAUCAUGA